AAAAUUCAUAAAUAACAGGACACCAACAACGAGAAAGAAAGAAAUAAACAAGACGAAGACAAAUCAUAUAUUUUUAAUAAUAUUGAAUUUUCUGGUAGAUGGCGUAGUGUGAACAUCACUUUUAUUUAUUCACUUCACCAUUCUAUCAUCAAUCUCAGUAAACAGUUUUAUCAAUGGAGAGGAAAAACUGAUUAGGCAUGAGAUAACCUCGAUUUUGAAUACAAUAUUUUUAAUAACGAUGAUGUAAAUACUUGUGCUAAAACGCAAUCAAGAGGUUCAGUUGUUAAUUUUUGUGUAAUACUUCAAAAUGAAUUUAAGUAAAACAGAAAAGUUACUGGCUGCCAAGAAAAAGCUCAGAGAAUUUCAACUACAUAAAAUGGCACAGGAUGGUUCUAUAAAACAAAAACAUCAUUCUGUGGAUAUCCCAUCUUCACAGAGCACAGAAAUUAAUAAAUCAGAUCUUGAAACUAAUAAUACAAUAUCUACAUUGGAAGAUACUGCAAAUAAUAUAUCUAUUUCUGAUCAAAAUUUUCAAAAGAAUGAAACAAUAUCUGCAGAUAAUAUAAUACAUACACAAAAUAUUAUAAACCAUGAGGAUUCACACAGUUCGGUGGAAGAAACUACUAAACCUGUACAAGAUACAAUACAGGUUAAAUUAAAGUCAAACAUUGAAAAUGAAAUAGAGUUAAAUGAUUUUCCAAAAGUACAAAAAGAACAUCUUUUGGAAAUGGCAUCUGCAGUUGCAGAUGUUUUAACAAAUGAUUCAGAACAUACUGAAACAACUCUAGAUUGUGAUCUGAUGUGUCGUAAUCAAUUUUUGAGUUCCUAUUUGGAAGAGCAGAAGAAAAUUGUUAAUGAGCUACACAUAGAACUUAGUAAAUCUCAUAGUAGAGUCGAGGAAUUAGAAUCUAAAUUAGAAGCAAAAGAAUUAGAAUUCCAAGGGAAAUUAGUACGCGAAGUGAAUCCCUUGAAAGAGCAACUACAAAUUCAUACUCAAACUACUGGAAUCUUAAUAGCAGAAAAAGCAGAACUCACUGCAGCUCUUAGUCAAGCUCAACAAAGUAAUAGACAAAGUAAAGAAGAGAUAGAAGAACUAAUGGGAAAAUUAAAAAAUUCUCAAGUACGUAUAAUUGAAUUAGAAAAAGAAACAUCUGUUUUAAAAACUGGUAAUGAUGAAUUAAGAAAAAAUUGUCAGUUGUUGCAAACUGAAUAUGAAUCUCUAGAAAAAAGGUUUUUGGAAUUGAAAAAAGAAAAAGAAGAUUUAAAUUUAGAGGUAUCUGAAAUGAAACAAAAAUUGAAUCUGAAGAAAACCGAAUUAAUUGCUGUGCAGCAAGAACUUAAUGAAAAAACAGCAUUACUUUCAUUGAGUGAACUUAGAAUACAGCAGAUGAAAGGUACUACACCUACAGAAGAAGAAAAACAUGCAGUGACUGUUUUAGAACAGGAAUUGGCACAAACUAAAGAAUCUUUGAAAGUUGUUAAUACUGAAAAAGAUGAAGCUAAUAAACAAUAUCAAAAUUAUGUUAAACAGUUAGAUAUGCAACAAGCUAAAUUAGUAGAUGAGAUUCAAAAACAGAAUCUGAUUAUAGAAAAUUUACAAUCGAGAGAACAAAGUUAUGUACAAAGGUUGUCAGAACUUGAGCAACAAUUACAACAAGAAAAAGAAAAAUUAGAAAAUCUGUUGCCUUUACAAACUCGUCAAGAUGAAGUAGAUAAUUUACUGAGAAACAUAGACGAACUUACAUUAGAACAAGAAAGAUUUCAUAUUAUACUCUCUGAAAAGGAUUCGCAAAUUGAAAUGUUAACGAAAGAUAUAAACGAUCUACGUGAAAUCAGUAAUAACGAGGCUGAAGUGGCAAAGUUAGCAAAUGCUCUUGAAAGUGAACAGUUAGGAGCAUCCAGAGCACUUCAUCAGAAUCGGCAAUUAAAAGAACAAUUGACUGAUAUGGAAAAUGCUUUUGUUUCCCUAAGCAAUGCAAAAUUAGACUUAACGGAACAGCUUCAAGCAGAGCGUUCAAUUGGACGUAAAUUAAAUGCCCAGUUAAAUAAUAUAGAAACUGAAUUAGAACAAUUCAAAGGAAAACUAAAAGAAAAAGAGGCAAUACUUGAAGACCUUGAAAAAGAAAGACUGCAGAACGCUCAAAUAGCAGAUCAGAUGCAACAUUACCAAGCGCAGUCUCAUCAUGUUGAUACUUUCCAACGAGAACUUCAACAUGCUUUGAUCACUAUAGAAAAAUUAGAGAAAGAGAAGCAAGAUCUUAUAGAAGUACUAAAAGAGAAAGACCAAACCAGUAUUUUAUCUGAAAUAGAUUCAACUGCUAUAGAUGCUAACAAUGAAUCUAGUACGAUACAAGAUACAAAUCCAGAAGAAUUAGAAGGAUAUAAUACAUUAGUACCAGAGCCUAUAAAACAAUUGGAACAGAGAUUCAAACAAACAAUGGAACGAGUAGCAGAACUAACCGAAGAAAAGCAAAAGCUUGAACACCUUGUGUUACAAUUACAAAGUGAAACAGAAACAAUAGGAGAAUAUAUAACUUUGUAUCAAAAGCAAAGAGCAGUUCUUCAAAAUAGGGCACGAGAAAGAGAUCAAAUAUUCCGAGAGUUGCUUGAACAACGAAAUCAACAACAAGAACAACUUCAUAAACUAAAAGUUUUGGUUAGUGAUUUCCUUAGAAAAGAAUAUAUUCAUUCUAAUGGGGCAGAGCAUAUAAUACAAUCAGAAGUGGAUGGUAAUGACAUUUCCGCGAAAACAAAAGAAAAGAAGGAAUCCAAAAUAGAAAACAAAAGUGUUUCCGAGUUACUGGAUAUUUUAACAGAAAUAAAAGAUUGCAAGGACUCAUGCUUGUUUCAGCCGAAUUUCCAUCCUUGUCCGUGGUGUUCUGGAAAGUUAUUAACAGUUUAAAAAAUAUGGUGCAUGGAAUACUAUAUAAUACAGAAUUUUUAAUUAACAACGGUUUGUAGUAUACAAUUGUACAUAAGAUAUGUAAUGUCUAUAAUUUGUAAAUGUGCGAAAUGUUUUCUUGAAAACAACUGUUCUUUAAAAACUACAUUUUAAUGGAAAUGUAAUUUUAACUUAACAAUAUUUCUUUAAAAAAGUAGUAAAUAAGUAAACUCUCUUCUAAAAAGUUAAAACUGGAAACAAUUUUUGCCUUAAAUAUUCUAAAUAAAAACUGCAUUUAAUUAUAUCUACUUAUAAAAUGUUCCCUCAAUAUCUUUAGAAU